AUGUCAGAAACGUUCGUCCCCGCUUUCCCGGACCGGGACCGGCCGCUCGUCAGCUACGGCCUCCCCUUCGUCCAAUCGCUCCCGCGCCACGUCGACCACCUUUUCCACGCAUCGAGAAUCUACGUCAUCAGCUCCCGAUCCCUCGCCGCGAAUACCACCUAUCUCGAUGGCCUGAAGGAGGCGCUGGGCGGCAAGCUCGCCGGGGUCAGGAUUGGCAUGAAGCCGCAUUCUCACUGGUCUGAGAUCCUGGAGGUUGUCGCGGAGGCGAAGAGGCACGAUGCAGACCUGCUUGUCACGCUCGGAGCCGGGAGCCUGACGGAUGCGGCCAAGAUAAUAUCAUUCGCCCUGGCAAAUGACGUCUCGACGCACGAGGGGCUUAGCGGCCUCCUCCCUGAGAGCCCGCAGAAACGCGACAAUAUCAAGCCGGCCACGGUGCCGAUCGUGUGCAUCCCCACCUCUCUCUCGGGCGGGGAGUACUCGUCCUUCGCCGGAGGCACCGACGAUAGGACGGGACAGAAGCACAUCUUUGCGGGCGAGGCUCUAAAACCCCCCGCAUUGGUUAUCCUCGACCCCGAGCUGACCACCACCACCCCCGAUAAGGUCUGGUUGAGUACCGGCAUCAAGGCCGUCGACCACUGCGUCGAAACCCUCUGCUCGCUCGGGAGCGACGACUUGGCCGAUGCCGCCGCCAGGGACGGGCUUACUAAACUGAUCCCAGGCCUCCUCAAGACCAAGCAGAACCCCAAGGACCUCGAAGCACGCCUAGAGACCCAACUCGGUGCCAAAGAUGCCAUGGCCGCGUGCAGUCGAGGUGUGCCGCUAGGGGCAAGCCGUGCCGUAGACGGUAUCGGCCACCAGCUGGGUCCGGCAGGCGUAAGCCACGGAGAAACCAGCUGCAUCCUCAACCCUGCGGUAUGCAAGUACAAUUACAAGAAGGGCGCCAAUGUCGAGCGGCAAGACGCCAUCGCGCAGCUGUUGUGGGACGAGCCGCAGGCUCGAGCGAUCUUCAGCCAGAGAGGGCUGAAUAAGGAGACCGCAGAUCUCGGUGAUCUCGUGGACGCUAUCGUCCGCGCCCUCGACCUCCCGAGGACACUGAAAGAGUUUGGCAUCGGCGAAGACAAGCUCGAUGGCAUCGCCGAGCGUAGCUUGCGCAAUCGGUGGGUGCAGAGCAACCCGGCAGGUCUGGAUAAGGACGGCGUGCUCGAGAUCUUGAAAAUGGUGCUCGGAUAA